GGGACGAAGCCUCGAAGCGAGGAAAUAAGGUGAGGAAGCGAGGCGAGGCGAGGCAAGGCAAGGAGGUAAGACGAGGCUUCGAUACAAGGCAAGGCGAGGAGGCAAAGCAGGUCUGGAGUCUCUCGUGAAUUGGUUCUGGUUCAGCGGUGGCAUGGCAUGCAGGUGCAGUCAAACACCCUCUCAUUAUAUCGUCUAUGCAUUCGUCCAAGCCAACUAGGCGGAGCUACAUCCCUAAGUGUAAGCUGCAGCUCGCAACCCUUCCAGCGCCUGGCUGCAGCCGAUGGAUAGGUACCUACCUACCUUAGUGUUCAAGUUUCAGUUCGGAGACUAAGUGAUUUGAUAUUCGGACCUAACUCCCUCUUGUCACUGUCUGGCCGCACUGUGCUGCAAAUCGAGACCAGACCGGAGCGACUCUCAAAAAUCGCUUCGACCCGAUCUUCAACCCCGCUGCUCUCGCAACGACAAACAAACAAAACCAAGACUCUCGCAAAGAUGACGUCACAACCUUCUGCUGCGACGCUCGCCCGCCGCGAUGCCAUCCUCAAAGAGUUCACAGAACUGGGAUGCCCGCUCUCGAAAGCAGAGUUCGAAGAAACGCUGCUGGAGGCACAGGAGAUGGCGUUGAAGAUGAGAGAAGACCAAGAGGCGGUCGCUCUCCACGCCGAUCGCCUGCAUUUCUUGGCCGAUGGAACGUUGUGGUGUUGUCAUCUCGACCGCACAGUAGCCGAUUUCCGCGCGAAGUAUGCCGAACCACCGGUCAUGCGUGGGCCCAGCUGCCCCGAGUACGAGCCAUACCGAGGGCGAGUUUUGGCGAAGAAGUCGUCUGCUGCAGGGAAGCCGACCGCGUCCAAGACGGAGCCCAAGGCGAAACAGCCGGGCAAAGUCGAGGACAUCCCCGACGAGUUUUGGCCCGAGCAGGGCUUCGAGGGCCUGGAGGACUUGGGAAUCACCAAGUGGACCAUCACGCUGCCGCCUACAGCUGGGCGUCCCGUCGCCACCCUCGUGCCUGGCGCCGUUGACAGCGUCGCGGCGCCGUGGCGUCAGCGGUCUUUUGUUGUUGUUCUUGGCCGGGAGGGAGGGAGAGACUCCCUCAAGCUGCGCUGCCGGAUUCGCGCGGGCGCCGCCGUGCCCAAAGCCCCCGCCCACAAGGCAUGGAUGGACCUCGUGGGUUGGUACUAUGACCUGCUCGCGGGCGCCCCUGUUGCUUUGCCGGCCUGGAUUGACAAGGCUGCGCAGACGCGCGCCGAUGCCGUCCCCCGUGACGCGUCUAGCCUCCGCCGCCUAGUGAGCGCGGUCGGCAUAGCCGAGAAGCUCGCCGUCGCCGCGAACAGAUUCCGCGCUCUGGGCAUGUUGCCGACGGACCGGGACACGGGCGGGUACUCCUACGAUAUCAUCGGGAACAGACUCGAGGGAUGGUGGGUCACGGAGCAGUUCGCCGCUACGGGCUUGGACGAAGCCCGCUAUCGCAACGUUGGCUGGUCGAUGUGGCACUCGGACGCCGUCAACGGCACGAUCGAUGGCCGACGCCCUCCCAACGCAGCAGAGGCCCGGGAAAUCGAACAGCUGUAUAGGCAGCGCCGAAUUGGCAUGCCCAUCGUCGACGACGUCGUCCGCCGGCUUCUCGAGCGGACCCGGGGUCCCUUUGGCAGCAUCGAAGGCACGCUCGGGGCGAUCGAUCACUGGGUUAAGCAAAACCCAGAGAAUCUGCUGCUGCCCCAGCCAUAUCUGCACCGCGUGGCCAUUGCCGCGUUGCACCGCAUGGUGCCUACAUCGCUGCCGGUGGUGAACUUUUACGUUCAUGCCCUCCUCCCCGCUGCCGCCACCGAGUUUGUCGACGAGGCGUGUAGCGAUCUGUCGACCAUCCGCGAUGCCAUGGAGCACUGGGUCAAGGCAAACCCAGAUGGGCACCUGGGUUCCGUCAAGGAGCGGACCGAGGCCAUGUACAAUGCCUGGAACGUGUGGCAGAUGAAUGUACAGGACGAGGUUAGCUCCCUGGUUCGCGAGCUCUGUCUUAGUUAG